CAGGGGGAAAACAUGUAUCGAUGUAUCAAAAUAUAUGAUCAUACACCGGGAAUGUGAUAAACAUGUACAGUAAUAUACAUAUAUUCAAUUUGGACAUUUUGAAACUAUAAAAAAAUGUUUUGCCUCCUGAGCAGCAGUGUGCGGAUUUCUGUUUUCCAUUGAUAUUUAGCAAAAAAAAAUAUUUUCAGGGGCUUAGCAUUAAUUUUCAGGAACUCGCUCAAAUGGAGACUUCUGUUUACAAAAGCGUUCAACGAAACGUCAUCAUAUAUAAUGAUAUGCUCUCCACCAAUCAAACGUUUACGUUGUGUGAACACGAAGUGUCACCAGAACAAGGAAUGAAGCUGUGAAGGGAAGGUGUACAACAGUUGAUGUCACAGCCUCUCGGACCAGGACCAGCAUGACAAGACAUAUCUCUGUUUCUGACAGAAAAUAGGAGAAGAGGCUUUGAGGGUUAUGUGCCACUCAUAUUACUGAGCGAUACCAUAUCUGGACAUUAUGGAGCUUGUAGUGGCCAAGGUCCUUUGCCUUCUGGGAGUGUUUUCCCUCAUGUUGGCUGGGAUUCUUCUCCCAGUGCGACUCAUGAUUCAGGUGGACUUUGAAAAAGCCCCAAGGUACAGGAAGGCUCUUGCACUCUGCAAUUCUUUUGGAGGGGGUGUAUUUCUGGCCACUUGCUUCAAUGCUCUUUUGCCUGCCGUACGAGACAAGGUGGAUGAGGUCCUUAAACUGGUGAAUAUCACCACAGACUACCCACUGGCAGAGACCAUGAUGAUGCUGGGCUUCUUCCUCACAGUCUUCGUGGAGCAGGCAGUGCUCACCUUCAAGAAGGAGAAGCCAUCUUUCAUUGACCUGGAAACUUUCAACGCAAGGAGCUCAGAGGCUGGUAGCGACUCUGAGUACGACGCUCCAUUCAUCUCCCCCACCCGGGGCUCCCCUGUGAGCCGCCACCACCACGGGCAUCACCAUGGACACCUCAGCCCCACCGAGCUGGCCAGAGCUGGGCCUCUACGGCUGGCCAGCCUGGUCCUGGCUCUCUCUGCCCAUUCUGUGUUUGAGGGACUGGCGCUGGGCCUCCAGGAGGACGGGGCCAAGCUUGGAAGCCUCUUCCUGGGGGUGGGCAUCCACGAGACCCUGGCUGCCGUGGCUCUGGGGGUGAGUGUUGCCAAAGCUUCUUUGCCCAUGAGGGAUGCCAUCAAACUGGGUGUGACGGUCAGCCUCAUGAUACCCAUUGGCAUCGGACUGGGCAUGUGCAUCAAUAGUGCCCAGAACCUGGCAGGCAGUAUUGCAUCGGUGGUGCUCCAAGGCCUGGCUGCUGGUACUUUCCUCUUUGUCACCUUCUUUGAGAUCCUGUCUCGGGAGCUGGAGGAUAAACAUGACAGACUGCUUAAGGUGCUCUUUCUCAUACUGGGCUAUGGAGUUCUAGCAGGCCUAAUGUUCAUCAAAUGGUGAUGGAAGGAAGAAGCCUUUUAAUGCAAUCAGUUGUCUGAUUAUCACACUGACCACAAUUUGUAUUGUGUGCACAUAGGCACUACCAAAGUAAAUGUUUUUUAUUUGGUAAAGGGGAACAGUAAAUCAAGUAUCGUAGUUUUUUUCUUUGCACUGGAACAUGUUUGCUUACCAAGUCAGGCUAUGUUACUGUGUUAGUUUCUGCCAUAGGGAAUACAUGCUCCUGACAUUGAUUAGUAAUGGUAAAGCUAGUCACUUUGAUAGUAUAUGUUUCCAGAGACCGGAUGAAAACGGAUGUCGAGAGAUCCGGAAAACAAAUUUAUAGCAUCUAUAGUAAAGACUCAUUUUGGUAGUGAAGUGAACGACUUGUAACAUAAAGGAAACCUUUAUUGAAGAAAAUGUGCUACGUGCCGUGAUAUGUAACUGAUAUUAACAUAUUGAUGUUUGUGGUUGAAGGAUAUAAUGGUGGUUAGUAUGAAGUGGUUCAUUUUGUCUCCUGUCUGGUCUAUGUACCUGCUGUUUCCAUGAUCAGUAAGCUAUGUGUUCAAAUAUGUGCAUAUUUCAAUGUACCAUUGUCAAAUGUAAACAGUUUCGAUUUGUUUUUGUCUGUUGGGGUAAGUGUUUCCUAGAAUGAAUAGCCCAAUAAGGAGUUCCUAAUUGUGUAAUUUUUGUUGCAUACUUUAGCCUUUUUACAAUUAUUACCCUAACUCCCUAAUCAAAUAAGAAUCAAUUCACUGGAAACCGUUUGUGUAGCCUGGUGUAUGGUCCUGAUAUUUGUCACGUUGAGAUUAUAUCAAUGGUUUCCUUUUCAAGAUGUUAUUUUUAGGUUUAUGUUAACAGGGAGUCACAUUGAGACCCAUGUCUCUCUAUAUGAAUUAUGGGGUACAGAUAUGAUAUCAGCAGUAGAGGCUGUCUGUUUUUUAUUUGUCUUUUCCACAGUUAGUUUUGACAGAUCAUUUUACACAGCUUAGAGGAAUUCCAUUUUCACCUAAAUACAUUUUAUUUUUAUUUAUUUUUUUAUUUUUUUUACUUGUGAAAAAUGUUUUGCUCCUGAUGUGAAUGUGUAGAACUUAACAUGUUUUGCAGAAGACACUUACUGGAGGAAGCCUACUGUAAAAGGUACAUUUGUAAAGCUCAACCCUUAUUGUGCUCCCUAAAAUCUACAUAAGAUCAAUUGUUCAAAUGUAUUGUAGGGCACAGUUAUACAUUGAAUGUGUCCAUAUCAAUUUGUGCUUUUAGGGUCUUAAAACAAAAGGAAACUUUCAUUAUUGUGAAAAUAGUUUUAAUGCAAAAAAUAUAUAUUCAGUGGCAACCAGCUUUCCUUUAUAUAAUGAACAGUGAAAUGCAAAUAAGUUAUGACUUCUAUUACAACAUGGGGUUGGUGAUGGUUAAAUACUUUAUUUAUAUUAGAUAAUAGCAGCCCUUCAAUGAAAACUGUUUGCAAUGUUGUGACAAAUGUUUAACGCAAACUAUUUUUAUAUAUAUUCUGUGUAUUACAUGUUUUGGCAGUGAGGUUUUCCAUUUUAAUUUGAUUGAAUUGAGCAUUAAAGAAAACCUUACUCACA